AUGGCCGAGCUCGUUGACCCGACCCAGAAGGGUAAUUAUCCUGUUAUCCUUGGGGAUAGCCUCCUCGGCAAGAACUCCAAUGAGAUAUUCACUGGUAUCAGAUAUAACCACAAACCGCCCAUUGCGAUAGCCGAGAAGAACCCAGCCCGACUGAAGCCCUCAGUUUCCGGCGACAAGAGCUCCUACGAUCUGAACUUCGUCGAUAAGGUUGGCCAUACCGAAUACGCAUAUGCUGGCGCGCGAAACACCGACGAUGGACAGUACGUUCUCUAUUUCGACCCAGCGCGCGAAGCGUUCAUCCUGGACCGCAUCGACUCGACCCUCAACAUGAACAUCACCCGGACGCCAAACAACAGCGACCCCGCCAGUCUACGGCGGCAGUAUAAUCAGCUCGACAGCAACGGCAAGACGGCCCAGUCCUCUGGCGCCUCCGAAUCCAGCAAGCCGCAGCAGACCAAAGCACCCAAAGCCAAAAAGAAAGAUCCGCCUGCUCGCAAGUCCGAGCCCAAGGCGAAGCCAAAGACGGCGCCGGCGCCAGCUCCCAAGCCAAAAAGCCAGGGACUCGUCCUUCCCCAGGCCCAGCAAGUACCACCCAAGCCCAAGUCGCGGUCGCGGACGCUUGAGGAGGAGGAGGAAGAGGACGAUGAUGAUGACGACGGAGGCUUGCUGAUGGAGUACCCCGGAGGCGAACCCAGGUCUCAGAAGAGGGACUUCUCGCCCGCCUUCCCAGCUGUACGGCGGUUUGACGAUUUCAUGGACCAGCGGGAAUCAGAGGCCGACGAUGCCGAUGGGGAAAGUGAAGACGAGGGCGAUGUGGACUUCAAGCUGCCGAACUCAGUUAAUCAUCAAGACACGUACGGUGGCCAAAUGGAGGAGGAGGAAGAGUCGGAGCCAGAAAUGGAGGAAGUGGAACCACAGGCGCCCGAGUACGAGCAGGAAGAUAACAUCGAUAUUGAAGAUGACUUGGAGAAAGAUCUGGAAAUGGCCUUUGAAGAGGUCAAUGUUGAGGAUAAGGGCGAAGAGAGCGAGAUCAGCGAGGAAGAUUAA